AAUGAAUAUUGAGAUUGCAGAAACUAGUUGCCGUUUCACGGUUUAAGAAGCGGAAGUCCGGACUCCGGAACCCACACAGGCACGCACGAAAGGAAAAGUUGGCAAAGUUGCGUUGAGUUAACGCACCGAUCUAAAUCGAUUCGAACCGGAAUCCCACCUUCCUUCCCGAAUCCUUUUUCGUAUGCACUACCUUCUCCACUUAUAAAUCCUCAUUCCUGUUUUUUCUUACGGUGAUCUCCGACUUCUUGAUACUGCAAUUUGUGGAGCCUAUAGCUAUUCGCAUCGAAGAUCAAUCAUGUCGUUUAGAUUCCGAGGAGGGUCGAAUGCUUCUUCUGGGAUGGGUGUAGCUGAGCACUGCAAAGGCACGUUUCUGGAACUACAAAGGAAAAAGGCUCACCGGUAUGUAAUCUUUAAGAUCGAUGAGAAGAAAAACCAAGUUGUUGUUGAAAAAACAGGCAGCCCUGCUGAGAGUUACGAAGAUUUCACAUCAGCCUUGCCAGAAAACGAUUGCAGAUAUGCCGUUUAUGACUUUGACUUCGUGACUUCCGAUAACUGUCAAAAGAGCAAGAUAUUCUUCAUCGCCUGGUCACCAGAAUCUUCUCGGAUCCGUGCCAAAAUGCUGUAUGCAACAUCUAAAGGCCGCCUCAGACACGACUUAGAUGGCGUUCAUUAUGAGAUUCAGGCUACUGAUUCUACAGAAAUGGAGCUCGAUGUGCUUAGAGAACGCGUCUACUGAUUUUUCUUUAUGCACUUUUUAAGCUAGCCUUUUAGUGGUUCUCGUGUAGUUUGUAACACAUCGUUAUACAAAUAUGCAUGGUUGUAUUGUGUAGUUUUUUUUUAUGUAUAUUGGUUGUCUUAUGUAGUUUGUUAAGCAGAAGAUGACAAAAUAAAACAGCUUGUAGUUAUACUCUUUUGCAUUCAUCGGACUAACGUGCCAGUCACACGGAAGUUACAUUUUUUAAAACUAAAAAGGUA